AUGAGUUCAGAUUAUGCCACCGGGCUGGCCAUCGCUCUGGAGUUGACGGUGAACGCUGCCUGUGUUGCCAGAGCCCUGAAUCCACCUCAACCGCUUCCAUUCGGCAUGUUUCUUCCACGGAUACGCGACUUCAAGAACCUGAAGAUGCUCGGCGCUGGCGGCUUUGGAGCCGUGUACCUGGCCAACUACCGCCCUGCCAACUUCGUAGCCACGGUAAAGCUGGUCAACGUGGACCGCUUCAGCCAGCCCAAGCAGGCCGCCAUGGACAAGGUUGUCGCGUCCGUCAUCAGAAACCCGUUUCUCGUCAAGUACUACUGCUGCUUCUGCGUCAAGGAGGCGUACGUGACCAUCAUGGAGUACAUCGCCGGCCUGGACCUGAUGCGCGUGGUGACCAAGGAGGAGUACUUGGACACCGAGUCGGUGCGCGUCAUCAUGGCGCAACUGAUCCUUGCGCUCGAGCACAUGCACCUGCGCGGGUUCCUCCACCGGGAUGUCAAGGUGUCCAAUAUGCUCAUUUUACCUGGCGGCCGAGUGAAAGUCAUCGACUUCGACACAGCGAAGGCCUGCGGUGGUCACUUCGCCAAGCGUUUCCUGAGAGGCUACUUUCGGAGAACCGCUUUCGAAUUCCACGAUGGUGAGUCGGCCGGCACCAUACCGUACAUGGCUCCGGAAAUUCUGAAAAGGAGACCGUAUGGCCGCGCUGCGGACUGGUGGUCGGCGGGCAUCGUCAUGUACAAGCUGAUGACGGGCCGGGUGCCAUUUCGAGGAAAGUCCAAGCAGUUGCUUCGCGAACGUAUCAUCUCGUCGCCGCUAAAGUGGCCCCGACCCGAGGACCAUCCAAACUCGGCGACCACGCCGGGAAAGGACAUGACGUACCGAAUGCUCAAGAAGAAUCCAGUGGAUCGCCUCGGCUCAAAGAACUACAGCGACUUGAAGACGCAUCCAUUCUUCGACCAGUUCAACUGGCAGAUGCUUUACAAGAAGGAGUUGUGCAACAUACCAAGCAUCGCCGAAAUCCUGCACAGUGACGCGGCGAAAGGGCUCACCACUGGAGAUCCCGAGGACAAACGCAAGCACCAGCAGAUCGCGGAAAUGACCGAUGUCAGCGCCGAAGGCCAGAAACCGUUGCUUUGCUACGCUUCUCCUAGUUUCAAGAAACUGAUGCUCAAGACUUCACGGCAGUCAUUGGCCGAGUGUGGGAGCGUUUCGGCAGACGGAGCCGGCAUCGGCCAUUCGGGCUGCCUGGUGUGCGAGCUUCCUGAAGAUGACAAGCACGCCAUUCUGACUCCCGGAGUACCGCCUGAACGGCGCAUUGAAGACCACGAAGGUAUUCUCGUCGCCAUAGAACUGACUACUGAUCGUUCGGACAGUGACCAACUCGGCCAAAGCAUCGAGGUUCCGGCGAACAACUGCAGCGACUGCGGCGUGGGAUCCAGUAAUGAUUGCGUAAAGUCAUCCAAGGCCCCUAUCAGUGUAUCCGACUCGUUCAUGGAAAGCAGUGCGCAGAACUCCUUAGUUGUCGACUAUAAGGCUACAUCUCCUUCGUCCACGUUGAGCAAGAGCGCAGCACAGAGCAGCGUGGAAGGUAAAGAAAGCUUGCCCGCCGAGAAGGUGGACAUCGUGCUUUACAGGAAUAAGAAGUACUUUAAGUUCUCUGACUUCGGUUUCACCCUGCGGCGCGUCAGGGGAGAGGAAGCGAACUUCAUCUACGUGGACGCGGUGACCAAAGGCUCACCUGCCGACGUGGCCAAGGUGCUACCCCUGGACGUCCUCAUGAACGUGAAUGGCGUCCCGGUUGGGGAAACACCACUGGCCCAGAUCAACAAGAUCAUUAGUAGCGUCGGCGAGCAGCUGGCGAUAUCGGUGAUGGCAUCGAGUCCGUACCGGCUGCUGACGAGCCGCCGAGACAUGCUGGGCAUCAUGCGCAGCAUACCCCGGGAAUCCGCCGUUGUUAAGGCCGCCCCGGGCAGCUCCACCGGCGGUAAGACGUACGGUGUCACCAUCCUCGACGUUGACGUCACAGACGAGAAACUCAAGCGAUCGUCAAAGUGCUUCAUGCUGUUGCGUGCCGACGUCGCCAGUUGCAACAACAAGAUGGUCUUCCCGGGUGACGUAGUCUUCGAAAUCAACGGCACGUCGGUGGACGGCAUGUCGCGGCCUCAGGUCGAUCAGCUGCUUAACACCGGAAAACCCGAAGUCACGCUGUGUGUGGUGCCUCUGUCGCCAAUGCGCAAGAACCGGUACCUGAUAUCCAAGCUGCUCGAGACGGGUGGCACUGACAUCAACGUCCCGUCGAAGUCUACGGGAGCUACUAUUGGAUGA